CUCAUUCAUUCUUGCGGCCUGAUUCUCCUGACCACUUCAACACGCUCACAUCACAUCACAUCACAUCCUAAUCAACAAACCCCUACAGAAACGACACCAGACUGUGAACCCCCAAUAAUCACACGGGCAAUGAGGCUUAACUACCUCGCCUGAACCAACGCCCUCCCGUUCAAAUCAAACCAAACCACACCACCACCACCACCACCACCACCACCAAAAUGGCCUCCUCCACCCAACCUUUCGGCUCACGCUCCUACGCCGCCGGCAAACUGCCCGACCGCUCCCUCAACGCCGCCAACGCCCUCCCCUUCAGUGCGUCCUCCUUCUCGCGCCACCGCGGCCUCGCCGGCGGCGGUGGCAGCAGCAUCCCCAACCCCGGCGGCGUAGGCGCAGGGGACUUCAGCAACGACCCCAGCAGCAACAAGACAAACCACCCGCAAGCGCAGCACAGCCAUAUGCCCGGAGGACCUCCGGCGCCGCCCAUGCACGGACAAGACACGAACCCGUUGAGUCGAUUAACGGAGGAACAGCGGGAGGAGAUUAAUGAAGCUUUCACACUCUUCGACCUCGACCGCGACCGCCACCUCGACUACCACGAACUGCGCGUCGCCUUCCGAGCCCUGGGCUUCUCCCUCCCGAAACAAGAACUCAUCUCCCUCCUCACGACCUACGGCGUGCCGCGGCCACAAGUCCAGCAACAGCAGCAGCAGCAGCAACAACCACAAGCCGCCGGCCAAUCUGCUCAGCAAGCCGCCCAGCCUCAACCCCUCCAGAAAUCUUCAAGUACAAACCCCCAACACCCAUCCAACCUCCUCAUGCCCCUGUCCGCGUUCCAGGCGGUCACCGCCCUGAAGAUCCUGGAGCGCGAUCCGCGCGACGAGAUCCUGCGGGCGUUCGAGCUGUUCGACGAGGGCGGGAAGGGGUACAUCGAUCUGGAGGAUCUGCGGCGCGUGGCGCGGGAGCUGGGCGAGACCGGGCUCGAGGAGGAGGAGUUGCGCGCCAUGAUUGAGGAGUUUGAUUUGGAGGGGGUGGGCGGUGUUACGAAGGAGGCGUUUGUGAGUAUUUGUUGGCAGUAAGAGUAUAAAUU